UGCUUGUUUCUUUUAAUUAAUAAAAUUAUUUCAGUUUUAUUCGUAUCUCCUAUCUUAACUUUGCUAACUCUGAUGUACAGAAGUUGUUUUAAAUACAUACAUUGUGGUGUUUAUUUCCCCUACUCAUUUGUCUUUUCAGGUGGAUUUACCCUGUCAAAAAUUUUGCUGUGUAUGUUUUAAUCCUUUAAAUAAACACACAUACGUAUAUUCGCUAAUGUGCUUGAUACAUUUAAUUGACAAAGUACAAAGUAUGUAAAACAGUGUAUUAUAAUUACCAGUAGUUGUACAUCAUUGCUGCUACUCUUAGCCAGUCAAAGCCUCUACUCAGUGUUGAUAUAGGAAACUCUAAUAAAUGUAAUAACAUAUUUUGAUUUGCUCCAAACUGAAUGAUCUGUAUGCUUAAUAUCCAAUAUCUCCUUUUUGGGGGGCAUUGCAAACUCAAUUUAACUUCAUUCUACACUCCCUGUGUACCUCCUGCAUAAGUUGAAUUAUUUGCUUCAUUAGAUAUGCCUGUGUUUGUAAGUCAGGUAUUAAUAUCAUUCAUCACACAGUGUUGGGGAAUUCCAAAACCCAAAAUAGUGCCAGCUUCAGAUUAUGGCCCCCUCCAUCGCUCCCCCCCAAGCCCGUCCAGCUGUACACAUACCAGAAGUUGCAGCAGUGCUAUCAUAUAGACUGUGGGGGGAAUUCCGCCUGUCUCAGACUGCAGCGUGCGCCACUUCAGCAGGAACAAUGGCAGGCUGAGCUCUGAAGCAGGUGUAAUGUUUCAGGGGAGCAGGUCAAAGUGCCUCUGUCUGAAUGGUGCAUAAUCACCAUUAUGUGUAGUACAAAUAUUCAGUAUUAUGCAGGCUGACUUCUUCACAAUGGAAGUGCUCUUCAUGAAUGGCUGCCAGCAGGACUCCUCCUCCUCCUCCUUUCCUCCACUGGCUGGGUGGCCAAAUCUCAGACCUGCACGUCAACAUUUACUCAGGGACCCUUCGACUCGUUUGUCCUGGAGAGAGGGCUCAUUUCUCACCACAAUGUCCCAGAAUCAGUCUUCACAGGCAACUGAUUUAUUCAGCCAAGAUGUAUUCAACCAACUGUUUGAUAUGCUGGACCAAUCUGCCAUUCAUUCAGUCCAGCCCAUUGAGCUGAACUUUAAAGACAGUCCUGACAAUGAGGGGUCUCCAGGAAAUACCAUUCAGAUCAGUAUGGACUGCAUAACCAUGCAUGAGCCGGAUGAGAUGCUUGCUUCGCAGUACACAAACCUGGGGCUCCUGAACAGCAUGGAUCAGAACAUUCAGAACGGGGGCUCCACCUCGACCAGCCCCUACAACAAUGACCAUGCACAGAACAACGUGACCGCCCCGUCACCCUACGCCCAGCCCAGCUCCACCUUUGAUGCCCUCUCUCCCUCCCCGGCCAUCCCAUCCAACACAGAUUACGCUGGGACCCACACCUUUGAUGUGUCUUUCCAGCAGUCUAGCACAGCAAAGUCUGCCACCUGGACGUACUCAACAGACCUGAAGAAGUUAUACUGUCAAAUCGCCAAGACAUGUCCCAUCCAGAUCAAAGUCCUGACCAACCCACCCCAGGGUGCUGUCAUCAGAGCCAUGCCUGUUUACAAGAAAGCCGAACAUGUGACCGAAGUGGUGAAACGCUGCCCGAACCACGAGCUCAGCCGCGAGUUCAAUGAUGGUCAGAUAGCUCCCCCGAGCCACCUGAUCCGCGUGGAGGGAAACAACCACGCCCAGUAUGUGGAAGACUCCAUCACUGGACGACAGAGCGUAUUAGUCCCCUACGAACCUCCCCAGGUUGGGACAGAAUUCACCACAAUUUUGUACAACUUCAUGUGCAACUCGAGCUGCGUGGGAGGAAUGAACAGACGCCCGAUUCUCAUCAUUGUCACUCUGGAAACCAGAGAUGGUCAGGUAUUAGGCCGCCGAUGCUUCGAGGCCAGGAUCUGCGCCUGCCCGGGCAGAGACCGAAAGGCGGACGAGGACAGCAUCCGCAAGCAGCACGUAACGGACGCAACAAAAGGCAGUGAUGGUACGAAGCGCCCCUUCCGCCAGGUUUCCCACGGCAUUCAGAUGUCCGCCAUCAAGAAGAGAAGAUCUACAGAUGAGGAGGUUUUUUGUUUGCCUAUCAAAGGCCGUGAAAUAUAUGAGAUUUUGGUAAAAAUCAAAGAGUCUCUGGAACUCAUGCAGUUUCUGCCGCAGCACACUAUAGAGUCGUACAGACAGCAGCAGCAGAAUCUCCUUCAGAAACAGACUUCAAUGCCGUCUCAGCCCUCCUACGGCUCCUGCUCCCCGACUCACGGAAAAGUCAACAAGCUGCCCUCUGUCAGCCAACUCAUCAACCCCCAGCAGCGUAACACACUCACCCCAUCCAGCAUGGCUGGAGGCCUGACUGACAUGACUCCUAUGAUGGGCACUCACAUCCCCAUGAACGACAUGAGUUCACUGAGCCCCACACACGCACUGCAGCCACAGCUACCCCUGGUGCCUUCCUCCCACUGUACCCCCCCUCCUCCAUACCCAAUGGACAGCAGCAUCUCCAGCUUCCUUAUACGGUUGGGCUGCGCAGGCUGCUUGGACUACUUCACAGCACAGGGCCUAACCAACAUCUACCAGAUUGAGAACUAUAACAUGGAGGACCUGUCCAGGCUGAAGAUCCCUGCUGAGUUCCAGCACGUCAUCUGGAAGGGCAUCAUGGAGCAUCGACAGGCCAUGGAUUUUUCCCCACCUCCCCACAUAGUGCGCACCACCAGCGGGGCCUCCACCGUCAGCAUGGGCUCCUCCGAGGCCCGAGGCGAGCGCGUCAUCGACGCCGUGCGCUUCACUCUGCGCCAGACCAUCUCCUUCCCGCCGCGCGACGAGUGGUCCGACUUCUCCUUCGACCUGGAUUCUCGCCGCAACAAACAGCAGCGCAUCAAGGAGGAAGGAGAGUAAGACGACAUUCUCCGUCUCUCUCCCGCUGAUCCCGUUUCUCAUUUCACGCCUGCUGUUGGAACAUUUCUUUUAAAACCCUGGUGCAAAUACCGCUGAAAAAAAUUUUCAAAUAAAAGUGCACUUAUUUUCAAUAUUGUUGUCGUUUUCACAGAGAAAAAAAAUUAAUGGUGCAUUUUAUUAUGUUCUAAUUUCUUGAGAGCACUUAAGAAAUGCUGAGGAAUUCAAGAUUGCUUUUUUUUUUUACAUGUUCAUGAUUCAUUCCCAUGUUUAAGCAUGACUGGAAACAAAACUGGCAUUAGAGGGCUUAUAAGGGCUUCUUUUUCUGCUACAGUGUAUUUUAAUUUGUCAUAGACUUUUAAGGUUUCACCACUGUGGUUGUGCACGUUAGUCAUGUACACUGGUUUUCAUCUGUGGCAGAAGUCAGCAUUGAUUGUAUACAUUUCAAACGUUUCCUGUCAGAAGUAUUAUGUCAGUUGAUGGGCAAUUUGUUUUUCUGCUGUACUUUCUAUAUUUUGCGUUUUUUAUGUCUGUUGUGAGACCAAUGCAUCACCUUUUUGUGUCAGGUUGUGAAGUAUGUUUAAGUGACAGAUGGUCAUUCAUUUGAUGUAGCCAUAUAUAGGCCUAAUGCUCUUGACCCAGUGUUUCCCAGUAAAAUACCAUGACUGAUGUCCUUUUCUUUGUUCUUGUUUUACUGCUGUGCAUAAGUGGUUGUGAUUGCAUCACAGAGCAGGCGUUUCCUCUUGCAGCAGACGGCUAGUACAAGUAUUGUUUUUUUAUUCAUGAACCAUAUUUUG